AUAUUCUCUAUAAGCAUAGUAAUCCCUCUCUAGCUAUCUCUUAAACAACUCACAUAAAAUUUUAAGUAUUGUCUUCAACAUACUACUCAUUUGUAAACCUUGUUCAUUUUUUCGCUAAAGAACUGACAAGUAUCAUAUUUUUAUAUCCUAUAAUGAUAUGACGUUAAUCAACUCAUCUGUAUAAUUUAUUUAAAUGCUGUGUCACCAAGUCAUGUUUCUUUGUGAGUGUAUUUGUAUCAGUUGAGAAGGAGAAGUUUUUUGUGAAUCUUUCAAGAUUCAAGAUUUACAUGUGUAAAGUAAUUUCGAAGAGAGAAAGCAAAUGAAGAAUUCAGUAUCUGAACAGAGCUUGUACAUAGAGAGUGACGAAGAGGAUGAGGAGAAGGCAUAUGAUGAAGGUGGAGUUGCAGAAGAUGGGAAUGAUUCUGAUUUCUCCAAUGACUCCAAUGAUAAUAAGAAUAGCCACCAAAUCAAGCCCAGUUCAUACAAUACCUCCUGGCCUCAAAGUUACAGGCAAUCAAUUGAUCUAUACAGUAGUGUUCCAUCUCCGAGUCUUAACUUUCUUGGGACACCAUCUUUGCCUAAAAGCUCGUACCUUUCCUCGUCCCUUACAAGGAGACAUACGCCAGAGAUAUUACCUUCUCUGGAUAAACCACUCUUAUCUGAACCAGAGGAUGAGAAAGUACCACAACAAAGACGUAGUUCCCAUUCUCUAUUGCCACCUAUACCGUCAAGGAAGCCAGGAAUAAAGAAAGCGAGUCCCGAGGAGAAAGAGUCCAAGGACUCAGAUGAAAUUCCAAUUUCUCGCCAGAGCUCAUACGGCCAAGCAGUGUUAAAUGGCAUGAACGUUCUAUGUGGAGUUGGAGUCCUUUCUACUCCAUAUGCAGUCAAAGAAGGAGGGUGGCUUGGGCUUUCUAUAUUAUUGAUUUUCGCAGUGCUUUCUUACUACACCGGUAUUCUCUUACGAUCCUGCUUGGACAGUCAACCUGGGAUUGAAACAUACCCGGAUAUUGGCCAGGCUGCCUUCGGUAGAGUGGGACGUAUUGUAAUAUCAAUAAUUUUAUACGUGGAGUUAUACGCUUGUUGCAUCGAAUUCAUUAUUUUGGAGAGCGAUAACUUGUCGUCUUUAUUUCCAAAUGCACAUUUAAGCAUUGGAGGAUUCGAAUUAAACUCUCACCAUUUCUUUGCAUUGAUGACCGCCCUGGCCAUUCUUCCUACUGUUUGGUUGCGCGACCUGAGUAUUCUUAGCUAUAUAUCUGCUGGAGGAGUAAUUGCAUCAGUGUUGGUGGUUGCUUGCUUGUUCUGGGUUGGGUUAGUGGAUCAAGUUGGCUUUCAGACUAAUGGCACAAUGCUGAACCUUUCCACUCUUCCGGUUUCUAUUGGUCUUUACGGCUAUUGCUACUCGGGUCAUGCUGUUUUUCCCAAUAUCUAUACAUCAAUGGCAAAACCUAACCAGUAUCCUGCAGUCCUCCUAACAAGUUUUGGCAUCUGCACUUUGCUGUAUACUGGAGUUGCUAUACUGGGAUACACUAUGUUCGGAGAAUCAACGCAAUCACAGUUCACCCUCAACAUGCCCCAAGAUUUAGUUGCAUCUAAAAUUGCUGUUUGGACUACGGUAGUCAAUCCAUUUACAAAAUAUGCAUUAACAAUGUCUCCAGUGGCAAUGAGUCUGGAAGAACUGAUACCUUCAAAUCACAAAAAGUCUCAUAUAUAUUCUAUAAUCAUAAGAACUGCAUUGGUAAUGUCUACGUUGCUUGUUGCUCUCAGCAUCCCCUUCUUUGGUCUGGUGAUGGCAUUCAUUGGAUCUCUGCUCACAAUGCUAGUAACACUGAUUCUCCCGUGUGCAUGUUACCUUAGCAUCUUAAAGGGUAAAAUAAACCUCUUUCAGGGCUCCAUCUGUAUCUUGAUCAUCGUAGUUGGCGUCAUAGCAUCCGUUUUUGGAACCUAUUCAGCCCUCUCUGAAAUUAUCGAGAACUUGAGUUGAUCUUUUCGCGUAAAAGUGUAUCAGUUUCUUGAUAUUUAAGAGCUUUUCACAGUACAUGUUCUCGAAAAGAUAAUUUGUACCCUAGUGAAAGACGCAUGUAUUUUAGUCUUCUUCGACAUCAAGUUAGUCUAUCA